AUGUUAGGGCUCCACCCGUCAGUCCGGCCUGCAGGCUGGGAGUUCCUGAUGAACUUUCACCCCUGGAAAUUUUACAAAGCUCUGAAUGAGACCGUGGUCCAGAAUCCACAGGUGAUGACAAAGAAAGAAGUUGUUUUAACUCGGAGCAGCAUCAACACUGAUGUGAUCCGCACCUUUGUGGUGCCUGGCAAGCCUCUCUGUGAGAAGAAGAGGAGUGAGCUCCAGAGAGUUCUUAUUGCCACGUAUAUCUAUGACCGCGUAGCAGGUUACCAGCAGGGCCUCCAUGAGAUGGGGAUGGUUCUGCAGAGUGUGAUGAAGACAGAAUGCGAUGUCUUCUGGGCGCUGCGGUCCUUGCUGCAGAAGACUGAUUACACGUCCAUCAUUGACGUGGGAGUUAUGAAGAGCAUUAAGUUACUGGAGAAGCUAAUCAUGUUCUUGGAUCCCAAAUUUCAUACUUUUCUGUAUGCAAACUGCAAAGGUGAUUUAUUCUUCCUGUUCAACUGGUUCGUUCUGCUGUUCCUCCGGCAGAUGAAGAACAACACUGAAGUCCUGCGGCUUUGGGAGGUGCUGAUGACCAGGAAGCCCUGCCCAUGCUUCCAUGUGUUCAUUGCGCUGGCCAUUCUGCAGAAUAGGAAGAAGCACCUCCUCUCCCUGCCACAGGAUGAGAACUCCAUCAUCACACAGGCCUGUAACAAAAUCAAUGAACUGGAAGCUGAAGACUUGAUUUCUACAGCAUGCAAUGCAUAUUCAGCAUUCCAAAAAGCAAAUGCUCCUGAGGAUCUUAGAAGGUACUUUGGUGAGGGAUGAAAAUGAAAAUGCAGAUUCUGUGUGCGCUCGUCCGAGUCACACAGCGCUCCAAUGAAAAUGCAGAUUCUGUGUGUGCUCGUCCGAGUCACACAGCGCUCCAAUGAAAAUGCAGAUUCUGUGUGUGAGACAGAAUCCAGGAUCCAGAUUGAGGAUUGUUACUCCACUGAAGACUUGCUAACAUUUUAAAUAAAGCACGAGCUGCCCACACCGUUUGUCUCUGGUCAGAUUUCAAUAGAAGGUAC